AUGUCUGCUGCAACUGCUACGGUCACUACUUCUACAGGACCUCCUCAUGUGGUUGAAGAAAAAACUGUGCAAGAAGAACUCUCUCUUCCAAUUUUGCUUGCAGAUCGUGUUAUAAAAUCAGCCCAAGAAGCUGAAUCUUCAAAGCAAGACUGUUCUGACUUAGCCAAACAAGUUGACCGCCUUUCCCACAUGCUCCGCUCUGCCGUCCGCCUUGCCGUCUCCACUCCUUCCCUCUAUGACCGUCCCCUCCGCCGUAUCUCCUCCGACAUCGCCAAAAACCUUGACCGUGCGCUAACCCUUGUCCGCAAAUGCAAGAAACAUAGUGGGGUACUUCGUCAAGUGUUUUCUAUUACUACAACUGCUGAUUUUCGUAAGGUUUCGAAUCUUUUAGAGUCUUCUAUUGGUGAUAUGAAAUGGCUGCUUUCGAUUUUUGAGUCUGAUGGUGGUGCUCAUUUGUCUUUGCCUCCUAUUGCUAGUAAUGAUCCUAUUCUUGCUUGGGUAUGGUCUUCUAUUUCUGCUGUUCAAAUGGGUCAACCUAAGGAUCGUGUUGAUGCUGCCAAUCAACUUGCCUCGUUGGCGCGUGAUAAUGAUAGGAAUAAGAAGAUGAUUGUUGAAGAAGGUGGGAUUUUUCCUUUGUUGAAGUUGCUUAAGGAGGGUGCUUCUGCGGAGGCACAAACUGCUGCUGCCACUGCACUUUUUCAUAUUGCUAAUGAUAGAGAGAGAGUUAGGUUGAUUGUUGACGCACUUGGGAUUUCGAUCAUUGUUGGGGUUUUAGGGGAUUCGCCAACUAAGGUUCAGAUUCCGGUGGCCAAUUUGGUGGCAAGAAUGGCGGAUUUGGAUGAUUAUGCACAGGAGGAGUUUAUGAGGUUGAAUGUGACUAGACCGUUGGUGUCUUUGUUGUCUAAUCAUUUGGAUUUGGAAGUAGUGAGUAAUAAUCCUGUUAAAACUAGUAUUCCCUCGCUUGUCGAAAUGAACAAACAAUUAGCUUAUAAGAAUAUUAAGGCUAAUUAUAAUUCGGAAAGCAGUAGCCAUGGUGGUUCACAUAAUAAGAAGGAGAGGGAAAUGGAGACACCAGAGUUGCAGCUUAAGCUUAAGGUUAGUUGUGCAGAUGCACUAAGGAAACUGUCAAAAGGGAGUGUGUCCAACAGUAGGAAGAUUACAGAGACGAAAGGCUUGCUUUGUUUGGCAAAGAUUGUUGAGAAGGAAAAGGGGGAGCUGCAGUUUAAUUGUUUGAUGACCAUUAUGGAGAUCACGGCGGUGGCGGAGUCCAAUGCUGAUCUUAGACGUGCAGCUUUUAAGACUAAUUCGCCUGCUGCAAAGGCGGUUUUGGAUCAGCUUUUAAGAGUAAUUCAAGAAGAACAUGAUCCAAAGUUGCAGAUUCCUGCUAUUCGGUCUAUUGGUUGCUUGGCUCGAACAUUUCCUGCUAGGGAGACUCGAAUAAUGGGGCCUUUGGUUUCACAUCUUAGUAAUAGGAAUGUCGAUCUCGCUACAGAAGCUGCUAUUGCCUUGGGGAAAUUUGCAUGUCCUGAAAAUUUCAAUUGUUCCGAGCAUUCAAUAGCAAUUAUAGAGUUUGAUGGGGUUCCCCCUUUAAUGAAAUUACUACGGUAUGGUGAUCAGGCUCAAUUGCAGGGACUUGUAUUAUUAUGCUAUCUCGCUUUGAAUGCUGGGAACAGUAAGGCUCUUGAGCAGGCACGUGCUUUGAAUGCUCUUGAAGGGACUGCUCGUUCUGUUUUAGCUCAACAUCCUGAAUUGAAGGAUUUGUUUGCCAAGGCCAUACACGACCUCACUCUCUAUCAGGCUGGAGCUUCUCUCAAUAGACAGUCUUUGGCAUGA